AUGAUCACUCGGUUGGAAGGGGAGGAGUCGUCUUGGAAUUCUGACGAGUGGCAGCUCCCAGGAGGAACCUUUGCAGAACACGAAGAAUCUGACGUGAAGCCUCCAGAUUGGGCAGGACCGAUGAGUACCACCCUCCGGUCUCCUCAGCCUCAGCACCUCGACAGCUUUCGCCUCCGUCUGCCCCGCGGCAUCACGGAGCUGCCCGACUGGAGCGAGGGGUGCCCCUUCUACAUGGCCAUGGACUUCCCAGGCUCGGUGGUCCUUGGCCUGCCCAGCGCUCGGGCCGCGGGGGCCUGCGCGCGCGCCUGCCCGGCUGCCUGCGCCUGCAGCAGCGUGGAGCGCGGCUGCUCGGUGCGCUGCGACCGCGCGGGCCUCCUGCGCGUGCCGGACGAGUUCCCAUGCGAGGCAGCCUCCAUCGCGCUGCGCGGCCUGGCCAACCUGACGCAUGCGCACCUCGAGCGCGGACGCAUCGAGGCUGUGGCCUCCAGCUCACUGCAGGGCCUGCGGCGCCUGCGCUCGCUCAGCCUGCAGGCCAACCGCGUCCGCGCCGUGCACGCCGGCGCCUUCAGCGACUGCAGCGUCCUGGAGCACCUGCUGCUCAACGACAACCUGCUGGCUGAGCUGCCGGCCGACGCCUUCCGUGGCCUGCGCCACCUGCACACGCUCAACCUGGGAGGCAAUGUGCUGGGCCGCGUGGCGCGCGCCUGGUUCGCCGACCUGGCUGAGCUUGAGCUGCUCUACCUGGACCGCAACAGCAUCACCUUUGUGGAGGAGGGCGCCUUCCAGAACCUCUCAGGCCUCCUUGCCCUGCACCUCAAUGGCAACCGCCUCACCGUGCUCGCCUGGGCCGCCUUCCAGCCCGGCUUCUUCCUGGGCCGCCUCUUCCUCUUCCGCAACCCGUGGCGCUGCGACUGCCACCUGGAGUGGCUGCGGGACUGGAUGGUGGGCCCCGGGCACGUCACUGACGUGCCGUGCACCUCCCCAGGCUCCGUGGCCGGCUUGGAUCUCAGCCAGGUGGCCUUCGGGCGCUCCUCUGAUGGCCUCUGUGUGGACCCCGAGGAGCUGAACCUCACUGCAUCCAGUCCAGGCCCCUCCCCAGCGCCUGUGGCCACCACUGUGAGCAGAUUCAGCAGCCUCCUCUCCAAGCUGCUGGCUCCGAGGGCCCCAGUGGAGGAGGUGGCCAACACCACUGGGGGGCUGGCCAACGCCUCGCUCUCUGACAGCCUUCCGGCCCAUGGGGUGGGAGACUCGGGCCGCAAGACCACCUUUCUCCUCGCCUCUUGUCUCUUGCUCAGUGUGGCCUGGCACGUGGUGGUUGGCAUGCAGAUGGGCUGA